UCGGUCAGCUGAUGCUUGUGAAGGAAGCGAGGCAGGGGUAGGGUUGCAGCAUUAGAUACCUCCGCUCCGCUGCUCCGCACCCCUACCACCAAAAGAAUUGAAGACGAGAAACCCUUUCGACUCGAUCCUUCCCUCCUUAUCCUCGCCCCGCUCCUCCUCUUCUUGCCCUUCUAGGGUUUCCUUAGAUCUCCACCAAGGAUGGGUUCUUCUCUUCCCCCCAAGGAAGCCAAUCUCUUCAAGGUCAUCGUGAAAUCAUAUGAGACCAAACAAUAUAAAAAGGGACUAAAGGCUGCAGAUGCCAUAUUGAAGAAAUUUCCUGAACAUGGAGAAACCUUGUCCAUGAAGGGAUUAACAUUGAAUUGUAUGGACCGGAAAUCAGAAGCAUAUGAGCUUGUUCGUCGUGGUCUCAAGAAUGACCUUAAAAGUCAUGUGUGCUGGCAUGUUUAUGGUCUACUCUAUCGAUCAGACAGAGAAUAUAGGGAAGCAAUUAAGUGCUACAGAAAUGCUUUGAAGAUUGAUCCUGACAACAUUGAGAUCUUGCGGGAUCUAUCACUGUUACAGGUACAAAUGCGGGAUUUGACUGGGUUUGUGGAAACUAGACAACAACUUUUGUCACUUAAGCCAAACCACCGCAUGAACUGGAUUGGCUUUGCUGUUGCGCAUCACUUGAAUUCCAAUGCUUUAAAGGCUGUUGAUAUUCUAGAAGCUUAUGAAGGGACACUUGAAGAUGAUUAUCCCCCAGAGAAUGAGCGUUAUGAACAUGGUGAAAUGCUUUUGUAUAAGAUUUCAUUGUUAGAGGAAUGCGGGUUGCAUGACAGAGCACUGGAGGAAAUGCACAGGAAGGAGGCUAAAAUUGUGGAUAAGUUAGCCUUCAAGGAACAAAUGGCAUCCAUUGUGUUGAAACUUGGUUGCUUCCAAGAAGGGGAGAAAAUAUAUAGGUCCCUGCUCUUUAUGAAUUCUGACAAUUACAGGUACUUUAUUGGCCUGCAAAAAUGUCUUGGACUAUAUUCUGAAAAAGGUGAAUAUACAUCUGAUGAAAUUGAAAGAUUAGAUGCUUUGUAUAAGUCACUUAGGGAGCAAUACAGUUGGUCUUCUGCUAUUAAGCGAAUACCACUUGAUUUUCUAGAGGGUGUCAAAUUUCGGGAAGCAGCAGACAACUAUGUCAGGCCUUUAUUAACUAAGGGUGUUCCUUCAUUGUUCUCUGAUCUUAGCCCCUUGUAUGAACAAAAUGGAAAGGCAGCCAUUCUUGAACAAUUAUUUCUUCAUCUAGAACACUCAAUUAAAUCAACAGGAUGCUUUCCAGGAAGUUCCAAAAGAGAGCCUCCUUCAACAAUCAUGUGGACUUUGUUUCUGGUUUCCCAGCAUUAUGAUCGACGAGGCCAUUAUUCUCUUGCUCUAGCCAAAAUUGAUGAAGCUAUUGAACACACUCCAACUGUCAUUGAUUUGUACUCCAUUAAGGGCAGGAUACUAGAAAAUGCUGGUGAUUUGCCUGCUGCAGCUGCCUUGGCAGAUGAAGCUAGGUCUAUGGAUCUUGCGGAUCGUUACUUGAAUAGUGAGUGUGUUAUGCGUAUGCUUCAAGCUGACCAGGUUGGAUUAGCAGAGAAAACAGCUGUUUUGUUUACUAAGGAUGGCGAUCAGCACAAUAAUCUUCAUGACAUGCAGUGCAUGUGGUACGAACUGGCUUCUGGUGAAAGUUACUUCCGUCAAGGUGAUCUAGGACGUGCACUCAAAAACUACUUAGCCGUUGAGAAGCAUUAUUCAGACAUGACUGAGGACCAAUUUGACUUCCAUUCUUAUUGUUUGCGUAAAAUGACUCUACGGGCUUAUGUGUCAAUGCUGAAAUUUCAAAACCAGUUGCAUUCACAUGAGUAUUUCCAUAAAGCUGCAGUUGGAGCUAUAAGAUGCUAUAUAAAGUUGCAUGAUUUUCCAUCAAAGUUGGCAAUGGAGGAAGGUGAUGAGAUGUCACAGUUGCCUCCUUCACAGAGAAAGAAAAUGAGACAAAAACAGAAAAAGGCAGAAGCUCGUGCCAAGAAAGAAGCUGAAGAAAGAAAUGAGGAGGAUACAACUUCUGGCACAUCUAAAUCUGGCAAGCGACAAAAUUCCAGACCAGUUGAUCUAGAUCCUCAUGGGAAAAAGUUAUUGCAGGUUGAGGAUCCAUUAUUGGAAGCCACGAAAUAUCUAAAGUUGCUUCAGAGUAACUCAGCUAAUUCAUUGGAAACACAUAUUCUUUCUUUUGAAGUGAACAUGAGAAAACGGAAGAUUUUGUUAGCAUUUCAGGCUGUUAAGCAUCUACUUAAAUUGAAUGAGAACGAUCCAGAUUGUCAUCGGUGUUUGAUAAAGUUCUUUCACAAAGUUAGCAGCUUGACUUCUCCAACGAUAGACUCAGAGAAACUUGUUUGGAAUGUAUUAGUAGCAGAACGACCACAUAUAAGUCAGUUGAGCGGAAAGUCAAUAAUUGAAACUAAUAAAUCUUUCCUCGAGAAGCAUAAAGAUUCCUUAAUGCAUAGAGCAGCAGCUGCUGAAAUGCUAUAUGUUCUUGAGCCAGAUAAGAAGCUUGAUGCAAUUAUGUUAAUUGAAGAUUCGAAAAACACACUAGCAAUGGGAAAUGAUGCACUUGGUCCUGUCAACAUAUGGAAGCUUGAAGACUGUAUUGCAGUCCACAAAUUGCUUGAAGAUGUGUUCAAGGAUCACGGUUCUGCUUCUAGAUGGAGAGCACGGUGCGCAGAAUACUUUCCAUAUUCAACAUAUUUUGGAGGCUGCAGUAGUUCUGCUGUCAUGUGUACAAUCAGUAAUAACACACAUAGUCCGCCAGAAAAUGGAAUUGCAGCUUGCCAAGAUGCCAAAAUAGUAGAUUCUCAUUUCUUAAAUGGAAAACUACAUGGCUUGAAGGACCUGAAAAUUCAAUAGUGAAUGGUUCUCUUGUCUAACGCUACAGGUGGAUCCAAAAAAUGCUUGAGAUGGGAAGUGGAGUGAUCUCUUCAAUUGUAGAAUCUUGCCUCACUCAUUACAGUACAAAAGUUUAUUUUUCUUGCCAGGGCACUUAGAAGGUAUUUUUGAUGGCUCAUUGCAGUAAAGAUAUUGCUGGGUUGGUACUAACACCUUGAGUAAUUUUGUAGUAUUAGAUCUGAUCUCGCUAAAAUGGUGGAAGCUUUUCCUCGCAUCAAACAGUCAGUCAUUUAUCAGUUUUGAGCUCGGUAGCAAAGAUCUGUAAGUGGUCAGCUAGCUUGGAGAUAUAUUUAAGCAGUGGGUCAAUGAUUAUUGCCUGGAUUUACUUUUGUGCACUCCUUUAGGACAAAUUUUGUGUGAUCUGUGUUAUUAUUAAAGUACAAAUUUUGGCA